AAGAAAAAGCGCGUUUGAGGCUCCACCUCCUUAUAUAUACCAUAAUCCCAUUUCCCUCACUCAUCAACUUCAAAAAUCACUUUUUUAAUCCAACCCAUUUUUUCUCUUUACUUAUUCUCUUGGAAUCCUCUUUUGGGUAUUCUAAAAAGUUUCAAAUUUUGAUUAUUUUUGUGAACAAAUUUUCUUCUUUGUCAUGGAAAUUUCUGUUAUUGGUAACUCUCAAGUGAAGUUUGGAAGAACUGAUUUUGCUUGUAGAGAACUUGGUUAUGUUAUUUUGAAGAAUAAUUGUAGAUUUUCAAAGGGUGGUGUUUGUUUUGGUCAGAAUUUAAGGUUGAAGAAAGGUGGUGGAAUAGGUUUGAAAGCUAUUCAUGCUGAACCUGUUAGAGAGAUGAAGAACAAGCCUUCUGGAUCUAGAACAAGAUCCAAGCAGGCAGAUGGUGUAAGAUUAUUUGUGGGACUGCCCUUAGAUACAGUUUCUCAUGACUGCAAUUCAAUAAACCAUUCUAAAGCAAUUGCAGCAGGGCUUAAAGCUUUGAAACUAUUAGGAGUUGAAGGUGUUGAAUUACCUAUUUGGUGGGGAAUUGUUGAGAAAGAAGCCAUGGGAAAAUAUGAUUGGUCAGGCUAUCUUGCGAUUGCUGAGAUGAUUCAGAAAGUGGGUCUCAAGCUUCAUGUUUCCCUUUGCUUUCAUGGAUCUAAAAAACCAAAUAUCCCUUUACCUAAAUGGAUAUCUGAGAUUGGUGAAUCGCAACCGAGUAUUUUCUUUACGGAUCGGUCAGGACAGGUUUACAAAGAAUGUCUUUCGCUUGCGGUCGACAAUCUUCCUGUUCUUAAUGGAAAGACUCCGGUCCAAGUAUAUCAGAGUUUUUGUGAGAGCUUCAAGUCUAAAUUCUCUCCAUUCAUGAAGUCUACAAUCACGGGCAUUUCAAUGGGUUUAGGACCAGACGGCAAGCUUCGAUAUCCAUCUCAUCACGAGCUACCGAGUAAUGGUAAAACUCAAGGAGUUGGGGAAUUCCAAUGUUAUGAUCAAAACAUGCUAAGUUUACUCAAACAACAAGCUGAAUCAUCUGGAAAUCCUUUAUGGGGGCUUGGCGGUCCCCAUGAUGUGCCUACCUAUGACCAAUCACCAUACUCCAACAGCUUCUUCAAGGAUGGUGGUUCUUGGGAGUCUUCAUAUGGGGACUUCUUCCUUUCAUGGUAUUCUUCUCAGCUCAUAGCACAUGGAGAUUCUCUCCUUUCAUUAGCAUCUUCUACUUUUGGCGACACCGGGAUUUCAAUAUACGGAAAAAUUCCACUUAUGCACUCUUGGUAUGGAACUCGAUCGCAUCCAUCUGAGCUAACAGCAGGGUUCUAUAACACAGCCAACCUAGAUGGUUAUGAACAGGUGGCACAGAUGUUUGCUAAAAACUCAUGCAAAAUCAUAUUACCUGGAAUGGACCUUUCAGAUGCAAAUCAACCGAAUGAAACUCAUUCAAGUCCCGAGUUGCUACUUUCGCAAACUAUGACAACUUUCAGAAACCAUGGUGUGAGUAUUUCAGGUCAAAACUCGUCAGAGCUUGGUGUUCCGGGCGGAUUUGAACAAAUGAAGAAGAACUUGUCAGGAGAUAAUGUACUUGACUUGUUCUCAUAUCAGAGAAUGGGAGCAUAUUUCUUUUCUCCUGAGCAUUUUCCUUCGUUCACUGAGUUAGUUCGGAGCCUUAAUCAACCGAAACUCCAUUUAGAUGAUCUCCCUACCGAGGAGGAAGAAGGCGCCGAAUCUGCAGUUAUGAGCCAAGAGUCAAGUGUGAGCAUGCAAGCAGCCUAAGACAUGAAAAUGCUGUAAACGUGUAAUGAUAAUUGUGUAUAUAACAAUUAGUAGUUGUGUUGUAAGUAAUUAUUAAGUACAAAAUGAGGAUGCAUAUUUCUGUUUCAACCUCAGAGUUACAUUACAUUAUUCAUUGUAAUGUAGCUGAGAAUUUGUGGCAGAUGACAUUUUAGUAUAUGUUUGUUUCAUGUUGCAAUUGCAAGGCCUCUAAGGCUACGUUUAAGGAACAAAUUAAAUGAGUUGCUUUUGUUAUUCAUAUGAUAUGAUAUGAUAUGAUGGUGAGCGGAAUCUAAACCAUAUGGACUAUUAGUUCUUCUUAA